AUGGCGUCCUUCCUCACCGACCUCUGGGAGUCCAUCUUCACCCCGGGCCCCACGCCCCCCCUCCUCCGCGCCGCAAACGCCUCCUUCGCCGCCCUGCAGCUCGUCCUCGCCGGCAUGCUCUACCUCACCGGCAGCCUGCACUGCGUCGUCCUGUCCGUCCUCUGCGCGGGGCUCUGGUGGGCCGUCAACUGGUUCGCCGCCGAGCUCGCCGUCGCCCAGAGGGAGCAGAAGCGCCGCGACGAGCAGGCGCAGCAGGAGCGGGAUGCGCAGGAUGCGGACGAUGACGACGACGAGCGCAAGGAUAAGCGGCGGCGAGGCGGCGGCGGCGUGGAUGAUAGUAGUGAUACGGAGGUCGAGACGGGGAGGGCGCGCACGAGGGGCGCGACGGCCGCCGCCAAGAGGGACCUCCAGCAGCAGCAGCAGGCCGGCGCGGGUGAGCUGAGGCAGAGGACCGCGCCCGGUGGCAGGACGGCGGGCGUGUCGCCGUCGGGGACGCAGUCGAGCGUGAGCACCGAGGACGAGUGGGAGAAGGUGUCUGGAAGCGAGCGCGAGGGCAAGAGCCAGGACGAGUAA